UGUAAACAGGACACGUUGCGUGUGGCGAAGAGCCGAGUUUCUUAGCUCAAGAUUGGGCAAGCCUUCACGAACAGUUAACUGGGCAUAAGGACAGAGACUGCAGGCAUCAUAGUGCAUAAAAACCGAGGACAAUCAUCUUUUAAUUCACUAUAAACCAUUAAGCCGCAGUAACCAUGACCACUACACCCGUAUCAACUAUUUUAGACGGAAGUGGUGCUAUCUCAGCCGAGGAAGCACUGGUCUUGCUUACAGAGCAUUGGCUUGAAUUGUCAGACAAGAAGCACCGUUACGGAUCAAACUUAAAGGUAAAAAACACAACGCUAGAUGAUCUAUAUUCGGAAAGAAACCAUUUGAACAGAGGGCCCUUUUCUAUUUAUUUCUUUUAUUCUUUCAUAAUAGGCUUAUCAUGAGUGUUGGUUAGAGCAGGAC